AUGAACAUCCCGACCAUGAUGGUUGUCGAUAAACUCUCGCCAAAAGAGCGAAGACUGUCCAAAGCCGAUCUAUCGAGAAUCGACGCCCAAACCGCGCAGAACGGCCGGCCGAGGAACGCAUGUUCCGCUCUCGGCCAAAAUUGCGUCCGUCCGUCUGAAGUCUCGGCCAAAGUUCAAAACCGUUCGGCCGAUCAUGCAUCACGACCCGGGAAACUAAGACCCGCGGUCGGCCACGCCACGACCGUCCACGCCUCGCCGCGCACGACCAUGCCGCGCGAGCCGGGAAACAAAGCCUCGCGGCCGCGCAACCUAUCUCGCGUACCACGGCCGAUGGUUCCGGCUCGUCCCAGUCCGGCCGAGAAACCAUCGACCAUUCCAUCAACCGUCCGACCACACCGGCCGACCGUAAAUCAUCCGGCCACGACCGUUCCGACACGGCCACAACCCGACUGUCCGGCCGAUCGUCCCGACCGACCGUCCGAACGCCGCGGUCGACCCAAAGCCGUUUUUGAAGCCCAAUCCGCACAAUUCAAGCCCAAAGCCGGCGCCGACCUAGCAAGAUUAGGUCUAGCCGCCUUUCAUACUUAACAAAGAAGAAACUUCUUCCCUACCUUGAAGCAGCCGACCUGGAGACGUCUAGCCAAGCCGCAUCACCAAGAAGAACACCUUCUAGCCACACCAGAAGAGGAGAUUAACCCUGAGCUGAUUGAGUUCGUGAAGAGAGAUCAAUUCCAUGAUCUGUUUUCAGAGUAUGCGCUGGAGCACAUAGAUCACUUUGACAAUCUUUGUGAUUCCUAUGGAGUUUUUGACUUUGAGAAGAAGAUGAUGCUAUUCAGCACAUCACUAGCUGGACCAGCACUAGAUUGGGCGCAGCAUGAGCCACUCUCUACAAUCGAGUCAUGGAUCGAUUUUAGAGAAGCUUUCUUGAAGAGAUUUGCAAGGCUACCACCUUUCAAAUCCAAGUACCAUCACUACUCUCAUCAGCUGGAGAGAGAGCGUGAGAAGAAGAAUGGGGAGGCAUACCACCCCAUCUUGAAGAGCUAA